UCUAGGUCCAGGAGGAGUGUUCCCUGGGUCUAUUCUGUUGUUUGUUUUGAAUUUUUGUGCCCUAGGAGUAUUCAGUUUGAGAUCUGUAAGGAAGGGUUUCUGGAGCUCUGAACUUUAGCUUUCUCUAAGCUACCAUCUUGACCGGAAGUUCGCCAAAUUACUUUCAAGAUCUUUGCAGACAAGUUUCCAAAGACAGAAGAACAUUUCUAGGCUCUGAGCACUGGAGAGAAAGAAUUUGGUUAACUGGGAUCCUGCUUUCACAGAAUCAUUUCUGGGUUUAUGUGCCAGGGUGGUGACUUCGCUUGCCAUAAUGACACUGGUGGCAAGUCCAUCUAUGGGGAUAAAUUUGCUGAUGAGAACUUCAUCCUGAAGCAUACUGGCCCUGGCACCUUGUCCGUGGAAAAUGCUGGACCCAACACAAAUGACUCCCAGUUUUUUGUCUGCACUGCUACGACUGAUUGGCUGGAUGGCAAGCACAUAGUCUUUGGCCAAGUGAAAGAAGGCAUGAACAUUGUGGAAGCUAUGGAGAGUUUUGAUUCUUGGAUUGGCAAGACCAGCAAGAAGAUCACCAUUGCUGACUCUGAACAAAUCUAA